UAUCCUGACUGAGGGGGAGGAGUCUGGAGAGCUGUCACUGAACUUCUCGUGUUUGUUAGCAGUUUGUUAUUAUUGUAUGGAGGUCAGUCCCAAUGGCGUCCCACUUUAGCGGAGUUUUACAACUAACUGACUUGGAUGAUUUUAUUACACCGUCACAGGAAUGUGUGAAGCCAGUCAAAGUGGACAAGAAGCAGGGGCGAUCCGUGGCCAAAAUACAAAUUGAAGACGAUGGCACUUACUUUCAGGUUAAUGAGGAUGGCCAUAUGCAAAAGCUGGAGAAAGCCAAGAUCACUCUGAAUGACUGUCUGGCCUGCAGCGGAUGCAUCACAUCAGCCGAGAGCAUCCUAAUCACACAGCAGAGUCACGAGGAACUGUAUCGAGUACUACGCCUCAAUAAGCAAAGUAGCAGCAGUGAGCAGAAGCUGGUUGUAGUCUCGGUUUCACCGCAGUCCAGAGCUUCCCUAGCUGCACGAUACUCUCUCAGCAGCAGCGAGGUGGCCAGGAGACUUACAAGGUUCUUCAAAAAUUUGGGUGUACAUUAUGUGUUUGACACUGGCUUUAGUCGCACCUUCAGUCUGCUAGAGAGCCAGAGAGAGUUCCUCAAGAGGUUUUCACGGAAAGAGGAGGACAAGAAAGCUUUGCCAAUGCUGGCAUCUGCCUGCCCUGGUUGGAUCUGCUAUGCUGAGAAAACUCAUGGAGACUUCAUCCUGCCUUAUAUCAGCACAACUCGUUCUCCACAACAGAUGAUGGGUUCACUGGUCAAGAGAUUCUUUGCUAGUCAGCAAGGUGUUGAGCCACAAAAAAUUUACCAUGUGACCGUGAUGCCUUGUUAUGACAAAAAACUGGAAGCUUCCCGACCUGAUUUCUACCUUAGUGAGGCGGAGACCAGAGAAGUGGACUGUGUUAUUACAUCAGGAGAAGUUCUUAAGAUGUUGGAAGAGGAGGGGGUGUCUCUGAGUGAUAUAGAGCCAGCACCUUUAGACACUAUGUUCAGUAAUGUGUGUGGUGAGGAGUUGUUGUGUCAUGCUGGAAGUAGUUCCGGAGGAUAUCUUCAUCAUGUCUACACUUAUGCUGCCAAACAGCUGUUUGGAGUGGAAGUGGAGGAACUCACAUACAAGACUCUAAAGAACAAAGACUUCCAAGAAGUCAUUCUAGAGAAGGAUGGUGAGGUUCUUUUGCGCUUUGCUGCUACUUAUGGCUUCAGGAAUAUUCAGAACCUCAUGCAGAAGUUGAAAAGGGGAAAGUCACCAUACCAUUUUGUAGAAGUCAUGGCAUGUCCAUCAGGAUGCCUGAAUGGAGGAGGCCAGCUGAAGCCUGUAGCAGAUCAGUCCAACAAGGAUUUACUGCAGCAGGUGGAGGCAGCAUACCGAGCAGAGCAGCCUUCUAUACCUGAGGAGGAUCAGCGCAUCGCUGAGCUUUACCACACAUGGCUAAAAAGUACAGGAGAAGAGACAGCACGAGAGCCACUUCACACACAGUACCACGCAGUGGAGAAAAGCACCAACGGACUCGCCAUCAAGUGGUGAACAUCCGAUAGCCUCUUGUUUGAAAUCACAUGAACUCUAUUAAGCAGGAAAACGGUGCAUGUAAUUUAUGGCAGAACAAUUAGACUAAUGAGCACCAACUGAAGAACCUUCUUGUAUAAUUAAGUACAAUCGUUGUUUUUUGUGUGGUGAACUUUAGGACACAUUUACCUAAAAAAAAAAAAGUCAUAACCACUUUUCAGCUUACACAUUCAUUCCUUCCUGCGGCUUUGCACUUACUGCAGUGCUCCAGUUUUUCAUACCAAUUUAUUAUUUCACAAAGGUUUCCAUAAUAAUGGAGUUUUUGUUUGUCUUUAAAUGACAGUAAAAGAAGCUACAGCCUUGUGACAUGCCAAACCAACAGGGCAUUGGAUCAUUUACAUUAAUCAGAAUGAUGAAACGUUUCUUUCUCUAGUCUGAAGAAAUUUUCCCCACACUGGAUAUUAUAGCGAGCAGUAAGAAGAGUUCUCUAUUCCUCUGGGUAAAGAAUUUCCACGAGGACAGAGCUCAUCAUUCUCUACACUUUCUCAGGGUCCAUUUGCCAUGACUGAAUUUGAAACACCUGCUUUUGAAAUGCUUUGAAAUAUUCCAUUUACAUAUGAAAAUUAUUUGUCUAGAACAUUCAAAUGAAAUGGUUUUAAAUCAACAAACGUAUAUAUGAGGUUUUCUCACUAUAUUUAUUUAGGAAAUAAUUACUGAUUGGAUUUCUCAAUAAAAAUGUUCUUUGUUAUA